GUCCUCUGGCCGGUCCGUUUUUUGUGAUACGAACGAAGUAAACCCCAAGCGUUGCAAACAAACAAGUGCGAAGUAAAGCUGCGUGCUAAUCCGAGCGUCAAGGUCAGCUCUUCGUGGCAGUGCGUGCUACCGGUGCUCCAGUGUUCCUUCUGCAGGGAAUUGAAGACAACGCGAUCAUCGAGCGCUGACAUGAACCGAAUGGAGAGCUUCUGGAAAGCCGUGAGCCGCAAGAAACCGAACGACGACGAUGGUAGCCACUCGAAGCUGGCCCGCGUGCUGACGCUACUCGAUCUCACCGGUCUCGGCGUCGGCAGUACGCUCGGCCUAGGCGCGUACGUCCUUGCCGGUUCGGUAGCUUACGAGCAGGCCGGUCCCGGUGUCGUCAUCUCGUUCGUCAUUGCGGCCCUCGCCGCUGCCAUCGCCGGACUCUGCUAUGCCGAGUUCGCCUCCCGUGUCCCGAAGGCUGGUUCGGCCUACAUCUACACCUACAUAACGAUCGGCGAGUUUGCAGCGUUCACAAUUGGUUGGAAUCUGAUGCUGGAGUACAUCAUUGGCACUGCGAGCGUUGCGCGUGGUUUGAGCGGAUACAUCGACGCGCUCAUCGAUCAUCGCAUGGGGAAUGCACUGAAAGAGGUGAUCGAGAUAAAGGUGAGCUUCUUGGCCGAGUAUCCGGAUGUGUUCUCCUUCCUCGUGGUCAUGAUCGUGACGGCCUUGCUAGCGUACGGUGUGAAGGAAUCGACGCUACUCAACAAUCUGUUCACCGGCGUUAACCUGAUCGUGAUCGUGGUCGUGCUAGUGUCAGUUGGCAUUAAGGCGGAUCCGGCCAACUGGGCCAUCCGACCGAACGAUCCAAGCAUACCGGCCGGGCUGGACGUUGGCGCUGGCGGAUUCCUCCCGUACGGCAUUGCCGGUGUGAUGGCCGGUGCGGCCAAGUGUUUCUACGGGUACGUCGGGUUCGAUUGUAUCGCUACCACCGGGGAGGAAGCGCAGAAUCCCUCGCGGAACAUUCCGCUCGCCAUCAUCACCUCGCUGCUGAUCAUCUUUCUGUCCUACUUCGGUGUCGCGACGGUGCUGACGAUGGCACUACCCUACUUUAUGCAGGAUCCGGUCGCACCAUUCCCCCGGCUGUUCGACUAUCUCGGCUGGCAGGAGAUCAAGUGGAUCGUUUCGAUCGGUGCCAUCUUUUCGCUCUGCACUAACUCACUCGGUGCCAUGUUUCCGUUACCGCGCGUCCUCUACGCCAUGUCCUCCGAUGGGCUGCUGUUCAAGCAACUGCGAACGGUCAAUCCGAAGACGAAGACACCGCUGCUGGCUACGGUUUUGUCCGGAGUGCUUUCCGGCACAAUGGCACUGCUGUUCGAUCUACACCAGCUUAUCGACAUGAUGUCAAUAGGGACCCUGCUGGCGUAUACGAUCGUGGCCGUGAGCGUGCUGGUGUUGCGUUACGAGCAGAAUACGAACUUUAUCACCAGCACACAAACGAAAUCCUCGGCCGUGGCCAGGCAGCUGUUCAAUCUUAAUUGUCUCACGGUGCCGAGCAGCCUUUCGUCGAAUAUUGUCAAAGUGGCAGUACUGAUCUAUGCCAUCAUCAUUUGUGGCAUUAGCGCCAUACUGGCACAUGGGCAGGACUAUCUUAGUCAAUACCAUCCCCUCAUCUGCACGCUGCUGAUAGCGAUGAUCAUCGUGGCACUCCUCCUGAUGCUCAUCAUCUCCUGUCAACCGACGGAAGAGCGGCAGCUAACGUUCCGUGUACCGUGCGUGCCGUUUCUGCCGCUGCUCAGCAUUCUCGUCAACGUUUACCUCAUGUUCCAGCUGGAUCUGGCGACCUGGGUGCGGUUUAUGGUGUGGUUGGUGGCCGGUUUCAUCAUAUACUUCUCGUACGGUAUCCGGCACUCGUUGCAGGGAUCCGGCAGCCAGACGCUCUCCGAGAGCCAGCUGGAGAACCCGUUCGCCAUGUUCGGUACGGUGAAGCUGUAGUGUUUUCCGGUGGCGACGGCGUCAUUCCGGCAUUCCCCUCAAACUGGUCGUUCCGGUCAUUCCGUGAACCCCGUGGUGAGGCCUCGGUUCGGCUCGGCUCGGCUGACCUCACUUGUUGGGUUGCAAGGUAGCAAACGGCUAAUGUGCUAAUUAUGUGCUUCUAAUGUACGAUAGGCUAGGAUAGUGAAGUAGGAUAGUAGAUCCUGCGGCGAUCACCUCGGCGAACCCAGUCUAGUCAUUUUGCGCUGAGUAAAGUGAGAAGAGAAUGAGGGAGAGAUAGGGAGCGCGGGCGUGCUUGUGUGCUAGUGAAGGUUUGUAGAAAGAGCUUCUUCGCAGUGCUACUGUUGGUCGCUGGAAGUGAUGUAAACGGGUCUUGCGGCUGUUGUGUUAUUCUCGCGAUUAUUAGGGCGUAUUAGUUAGCGGUGCAUACUUCGCCAUUACUAAUCACGAAACAUGUUUUUUUUUGGUCAUUUAUUUAUUUGUCACUUGAAACAUAGAGCAGAGUAAAGCGAAUUGUAAAUGAUUCGAUCAGUAAAGCUAUUUAUUUGACCAUCAAACGUUUUAAUCUAUAUUAAUGCAAGAUUCUGGCUUGCAGAAAACGAAAUUAAGUAGCUGCAACAUAGAACUACCUAAGUAAAGGUUUGUUACACAAAAGUAACUUAAAUCCUUUUCGGUUCUCAAUUUUUCGUUCGUCAGAUUGGUUGUAUUUCUAUUUUGUGAAACGUAGUUUGACAUUGAAAACCUAUCGCCUAUCA